AUGGUGGUUUGGCGCGAUAUAUCUUCAUCAGAGGAUGAUGAGGAUGAACCUUUAGGGGAAUGGCUUACUGUGGAGCAAUCCUGCUACAUCUAUUGCGCGGAUGAGUUCCGACGCAAAGCUGGUUUGAAUCACAUCCUGGACAAGUGGAACACGCCUUUGGGUUACUGCAGCGAUUGCUCUGGGAUGGACACUCCGCUCUACGCUCUGGGGAUGCUUCUGGGUGACAAGAAAGAUUGCAUCCAGUAUUUGUCCAAUUCAGAAUGCAAUCCUGCAGCACAAAGAUUUCUUCGGAUGAAUCACCCUGCUCCGCUGCAGUCGAAAUCCGAUAUCUUUCAAAAGGAUACCUGGCAGUUCCGACAAUCGAAGGUGGGGAUCUACGCUGCAGGGUUUCCAUGUACUCCUUUCUCCUCCCUGCACUUUGAUACUAGUCUCCUUGGAGAGGAACAAGCGAAACCCAUGUGGGAAACCAUACGAAGGAUCAAGAGCCUUCGUCCAGCUGCUGGCCUACUGGAAAAUGUGACUGGCUUCAAACGUGUCAUCAACAUUGUGAUGGAUGUUCUCCAUAAACAGUUGCCAGAGUACAAGAUCACCUGGGUGGAGCUUGACCAGAAGAACAUGGGAAGUCCAACAACAAGAUCCCGUGUCUACAUCAUCUUGGUCUUAGAAGAACUGAUCCUGCGCCAUGCAGUGAUCAACUUUGAGAAAUUUGUUGCGGAUAUGGUGUCUGACUUCGACAUGCCAACGGAUUUGCAUUGGCGAGACUUGCUGCUGCCCAAAGCGCAUCCGGUUGUCAAGAAGACCAUGGAGGACAGGAUGCGGAAAACUAUGAAGCCUGGAAAGCAAUCAGCUGGCUGGAUGAAAAAACAUCGCGAAUGGGCUCGCAACCACAAGGUGACCCGGGCCAGUGGCACCUUCAGCAAGUUGUACCCUGGGUUGGUCAACCAAUUGUCGUCCCGGAGGGAGUUGAAGGCCCUCGAUUUACAUACCCGUCGAAAAGGAAGAUUUCAAAUUGCGAACACAUCGCAGUCCAUACACCGCAUGAGCUUGACCUACUGUGAUGCCCCUGUGCCCUGCUUAACGCCCAAUUGCACAUUCCUGCUGGCGAAGGAAGGCAGAUUUCUGUGUGGGCUCGAGGCGUUGAUCAUGAUGGGGAUGCCAGUUGACCAAAUCAAGUGGGAACCCUUUUCCGACAGGGCACUGAUGAAACUUGCGGGCAAUGGGAUGCACGUAAGAUGUGUUUUGGCCGUCCUGUGUAUCAUAUUCAGAGCGUUCAAUCGCCAAAAAUUGGCAGAGUACUUAGCCAGAUGA